CCCCCUUCCCAAUCCCAACCUUUUUUAAAAACUUCAAUUUUCCGCGCUCGCUAGAACCAAAAACCCUACCCCCAAAAAAAUACUCUCUCUCUCUCUCUCUCUCUCUCUCUCUCCAAAUGCCGCUCCCUUCUCUCCGAAUCUAGGUUUAGGGUCUCACGUCCGUCUCCCCCAAAUGGCCCACCCUCAAACCCUAGAUCUCAUCAAAGACCUCGUCAUCCGCCUUACAUCCAACCACUCAACCCCACCCGAUGGGCCCCACACAGAAAAGGCCCUCAAGUACGCCGUCCGCAUCCUCACCAGCCGCAUGACCCCUUCGAUCUCCCCCGACGAAUCUGCCGUCGCCGAAUCCAUCAAGCGCCGCCUCGUCACCGACGGAAAGUCCUCCGACGCACUCACCUUCGCCGAUCUAUACUCCAAAUUCUCCUCCAGAUCGGGCCCCGGCUGCGUCGCCAAUCGGUGGGCCGUGCUCUACCUACUCAAGGUAAUCUCCGAAGACCAACGCCAAUCUGACGGUAAGGCUUCUUCCUUCGCCUCCGCCGCAUUGUCUGGCGGUCUCCCUGUUUUGUCUAAUAGUUCCAGUAGCCAUGAUAGUAGUAAAAACCAGAAUGGUGGUGUUUUCGUAAUUUCGAAAGACCCAGAGGGCAUUCGGGAAAUCGCUCUCCGGGAGUUUUCGGACUUGGUGAGAGGAGAGAGUGAGGUUUCAGAAGGGGUCUUGGUUAGGGAUGUCUUAUAUGCUUGUCAGGGGAUUGAUGGGAAGUAUGUGAAAUUUGAUGAAAGAUUGGACGGCUACAAUCUUCCCGAGUCGAUUAAAGUGCCGAGAUCAACACGGAUUAUGGUCCGGAAGCUUUGUGAAUUGGGUUGGCUGUUCCGAAAAGUCAAAGGCUAUAUAUCUGAGAGCAUGGACCGGUUCCCAGCAGAAGAGGUGGGGACGGUGGGCCAGGCUUUUUGUGCUGCAUUGCAGGAUGAGCUGUCGGAUUAUUAUAAGCUGCUGGCAGUUCUAGAAUCACAAUCAUUGAAUCCAAUACCAUUAGCGUCGGAGGGUAAUUCGGGGAACUAUAUUUCAUUGAGGAGGUUGGCAGUUUGGUUUGCGGAACCGAUGGUGAGGAUGCGUCUAAUGGCAGUUUUGGUUGAUGGUUGUAAGGUUCUGAGGGGUGGUGCAAUGGCAGGGGCAAUACAUGGCCAUGCACAACAUGGCGAUCCGAUGGUGCAGGAUUUCAUGCGGCGCCUGCUUAGGAGAGUGUGCUCACCACUUUUUGAAAUGGUAAGGAGUUGGGUUUUGGAGGGGGAGUUGGAGGACAUUUUCGUGGAAUUUUUCAUUGUGAGCGAGCCGGUCAAGGCUGAGUCACUCUGGCGAGAAGGUUACCGGCUCCAUGAUGGGAUGCUCCCAGCUUUCAUCACGCCGUCGCUUGCAAAGCGGAUUUUGAGGACGGGGAAGUCAAUAAAUUUCCUCAGAGUUUGUUGUGAUGAUCAAGGGUGGGCAGAUGGCACAUCGGAAGCAGCAGCUGCAGCAGGGACCACAACCAUGAGAGGGGGGCUUGGAUAUGGUGAGACAGACGCACUUGAAACGCUGGUUGUUGAAGCAGCGAAGAGGAUAGAUAAGCAUUUGAUGGAUGUUAUGUACAAGCGUUAUAAAUUUAAGGAGCACUGUCUUGCAAUCAAACGGUAUUUGCUUCUUGGGCAGGGAGAUUUUGUUCAGUAUCUGAUGGAUAUUGUGGGGCCUGAACUUUCAGAGCCGGCCAAUACGAUCAGCUCCUUCAAGCUGGCGGGGCUUCUGGAAAGUGCGAUCCGGUCAUCAAAUGCACAAUAUGAUGAUCCUGACAUAUUGGAUCGGUUGCGGGUCAAGAUGAUGCCGCAUGAUGCUGGAGAUAGGGGCUGGGAUGUAUUCUCAUUGGAGUACAAUGCUAGUGUCCCACUUGAUACCGUGUUUACUGAGUCAGUCAUGGCGAGGUACCUUAGGAUAUUCAACUUCCUCUGGAAGCUUAGGCGUGUUGAGCAUGCACUGAUUGGAGCGUGGAAGACUAUGAAGCCAAAUUGCAUUAGUUCUGACCUUUUUGCUGAGCAAGGAGGUGGGGUCAUGCUGCAUUUGGUGUCUGUGUCGCGGCGCUGCCAAGUGCUGUGGAAUGAGAUGAAUCAUUUUGUUACGAACCUGCAGUAUUAUAUCAUGUUUGAAGUUUUGGAAGUGUCAUGGUCUUACUUUGUUGAUGAAAUGGAGGUGGCAAAGGAUCUAGAUGACCUGCUCGUGGCACAUGAGAAAUAUCUCAAUUCGAUUGUGGAGAAGUCUCUUCUUGGGGAAAGAUCCCAACAUAUUUGCAAGGCUCUUUUUGUCUUGUUUGACCUCAUAUUGCGUUUCCGUAGCUAUGCGGACCGGUUAUAUGAAGGUAUCAGCGAGUUGCAAUCGAGUCUGCGGAAGAGUGGCCCUAAAGGCAGGAGAAAAUCAAAUUUAAAGCAGAGUCGUGAGCAGUCGAAGUUGGGCGCAGGGGUUGGUGAGGGCAGGAAGGCCAAAAUGCAAUAUGCUUUAGAAUUCCGCCGGAAAAUGGGAGAAGACUUGGACACAAUUGCAAAUGAGUAUUUGUCAUCACUCAAGGGUUUCAUUUCUCAGUUGCCUGUGCAGCAACACGUUGAUUUGAAGUUCCUCAUGUUCCGUCUUGACUUCACUGAAUUUUAUAGUCGGCUCCCAGCCACUACUUAGGAAAAUUAGGCCACUAAAAGAGUGAGUUUUGACUUCAAGAGCAGUUGUUCUGGAUUGUAUGGGUGGGCAAUUAAGGGGCCAUCUGUCUGUUGUUCUCUAGAUGACAUGUGACUUGAUCAGGAGUUUCCUGGGGAGUUGCUUUUCAAAUGCAUGUCUUCAGGUGCUGAUUUACUUUACUCCUUUGUGGUGACAGUUGUGGAAGUUUUGUGUGGCUGAUUUUUUGAGAGCCCUUCAUGACUGUUGAUCCUUGUUGCUGUCCCAAAAUGUUCUUGCGCGUGACCUCCCUCUUCUGACUGGUGACCUCUGAGUGAUGUGUCUCAACCAUGAUUAAUUCAGUCACACCAAUCAGCCAUUGGGUGUACUGUUCAGCUGCACCUUUCGGCUACUAUUUGUAAGCUCUGUGUGAUUGUCCUCGCACAGGACCCAUCAACUGCACCAUUUAGCUAUCCACAUGCAACAAGUGAUACUCUCUGUUUGUCCUCUGUUUCUUCAGUCCACUGCUAAACCAUCUCUGCAAUUGCCACAUCUCCUGACUGUCAUCUUCUUUGAACAGAAAUGCUUUUGCCAUAUCCUCUUUCCUGACUAGAUCCUAUUUUCUUGUCUUUUCUUUCUUUCUUUUUUUCCUUGACUCUCCUCUUUUGAACCCACCAUUAGUAGAGUUUUUGGUCAGUGAAAUCUCCUGUCUAGUCCACAUUAGAGGAUGAUAAAAGCUUGAGAGAAGAGGUUGAGGAGAAAAGUAGGGCUCUAAAUUUAGUACCGUGAAUAUAUCGGAGAACAUUGGCAAAAUGAACAAUUCUUGGAGCAGGCAUAAACUGAUUUAUGACAUGAAAAGGUGUUUGCAAAAGUGCAUCCAAAUGCACAACACAAAAGGGGGUUUGGCUCAAAAUGGCAUUUUAGGAGUCAAAAGCUCCUUUUGAGGGUUUGUCCAAACGCGUCCUAAGUUGCAUACUGAUGAUGGUAUCAAGCAAAUUGGCAAUUCAGGCAGAUGUAUUGGGACAAACAAAGACCAGCGUCCUGAAGCUUUUGGGCAGUUGGUAAAAAAUGGGAGCUCUAUAAACGGUGAGGAUAAGGAUGGGCUAGAUGCUCUUAUUGUCAACACUACUUGAAUGCAGAUGGAAGUAUGUUGUUAAAUGGUGGGUUCAAAAUUCGGACCUGUUCGAGAUGGAUCUUUUAAGGCAGAUAUCUGUUAGAAGAUGGUUUGGAGAUGUGGUAAUCCUAGAGAUGGCGUUGUUAGAAAGACUAAUAUAGGAUGAUGAGAGGUCAGAUCAGGCCCUGCAAAUAGAGGGCGUCAUAGUUACGUUUGAAUAGCUAAAUGGUGCUGAUGAUGAUGGUUGAACGUUGCCUCUGAUGUGUUGUACGCAAGGAUAGUAGCAAAAAUGGGUUCCGAAAAGUCGUGAGUAAGAACUGCAGCAAGGAUAGAUUUCUCACAGGCAUAAGAUCAACUUCUACAAUCAGCUCUAAUACCAUGUUAUAUUCACAAAAAAAGCAAUUGUCUGUAUUGGAAAAUAGUUUUUAUCUUCAUUGAUAUAUAGUAAUAUAUACUUCACGGUAUGCGUAUAGUCAGACAGCCAACUUACCUGGUCCAAGAUGCAUGGGUCGAUACACUUGAACAUUUUUAAUCAGGUGAUAUUCUCAUGAUUUUUAUAGA